AUGCAUAAGAUACAUGCUAAGAGCACCUCGGUUAAAUAUGACACGGUCAAAAGACACUCGGGUAAAUACGACUCGGUCAAAUAUGACUCAGUCAAAAGACACUUGGGUAAAUACAACUCAGUCAAAUAUGACUCAGUCAAAAGACACUCGGUCAAGAGACAUUCGGAUAAAUAUGACUCGGUCAAAUAUGACUCGGUCAAAAGACACUCGGUCAAGAGACACUUGGGUAAAUAUGACUCGGUCAAAUAUGACUUGGUCAAAAGACACUCGGUCAAGAGACAUUUGGGUAAAUACGACUCGGUCAAAUAUGACUUGGUCAAAAGACACUCAGUCAAGAGACAUUCGGGUAAAUACGACUCGGUCAAAUAUGACUCGGUCAAAAGACACUCAGUCAAGAGACAUUCGGGUAAAUACGACUUGGUCAAAUAUGACUUGGUCAAAAGACACUCGGGUAAAUACGACUCGGUCAAAUAUGACUCGGUCAGAAGACAUUGCUGCAUGAAGCCAUUCGGCGGUCGCGGCACCUGCAUGACGGUGCCAUUAGGCAGGGUGGCAUAG